AUGGGCUCAACAGAUGCUGCCAUAACCCUGAGCGGACCCUCGGGCUUUGGCGCUAUUCGUCGGUCGUGGGAUUCUUUAUAUGCGACAUUCUCCAACUCUAGUAUCUUUCUUUCCUUGACUCGUUCCUCUCAAGAUGGAAACGUGAACUGGGUCAAACUUGUGUUUUUGACUACUUGUGUGCUUACAAUGGCGGGCUGUGGUUUGUUGUCCUCCUUUUUGCGGCGCAAGGGCCCCAACCGUCCGAUUCUCAGAAAACGUUUGCGACGGGCUGCACGAAGGGACUGUUCUAAAGGCUCUGCUGGAACCAUCACUUCAUCGGACGAUGAGGAAUACGACAGUAGCGGUUCUCUUCGUCAUGUUACGAAACACUCCUCGCAUGAGGAGAAGGGUCCUCCCCAGCGCCGCGAACAAUCCGAAGAAGCGCACGACACAGACCCUGGUCUUCUGAAAAAGCAUUCAUCCUACCUUUCCUAUACUACUUCUGUUGCGACUUAUCCAUCGAUAAGGACAUUAAAUCGCCCUCAUCCACAGGCAGACAAAUUGCCAACGAAGCCCUCACCCGUCCCCUUGUUGGUAUUUGUGCAUGGGCUGGGAGGGUCUUUAGCUCAGUUCAAUCACCUGCUGACAAGCUUGUCAAACAUCGGGCCUUGCUUCGGAAUUGAUCUACCGGGUUGCGGAUUGUCGAACUUUGCGCCGACCUCUUGGGACGCAUAUACUGUUGACGCACUGGCGGAGUUACUCGCCACCGCCAUCGAUCAACAUCGCGACAAAGAGAACGGUCAAGGAGUCGUCCUGAUUGCCCAUAGUCUUGGCUGCUCUCUGUCAGCAUUGUUGGCAUCCUCAACCUCAUCAGUAGGAUCCCAACUUAAAGAACAUAUCCUUGGCCUUAUUGCGGUUUGCCCUCGAUCUUCGCCUCCGUCUGCCCAUGAAGUUACUUCGUUCCGCCGCCUCCUUCACAUCCCUGGUCCUAUUUUUGAUCUAUGGCGCCACUGGGACCGCCGCGGUGGAUUGACUAGUGCCAGCGUCACCAGACUUGUCGGUGCGGAUGCCGACUCCGAUACCAGAAAUCUCCAGGUGCGAUACAACAAACAGAGCAAAACCCCUGUGUGGAGACGCAUGGCUUGGGGAACUCUGCCUACUUACGACCGCAAUGGCUCAAAUCCUAUCGGGGGACUCCCGGGAAGAGACGUCUGGGCAGGUGUGGAAACCCCCGUCUUGCUUGUGGCCGGCGAAUCCGAUACAGUAACCAAGCCCGAGGAAUUGCUGAAAAUUCUUCGGUUUUUCGAAGGUACGGAAUGCGUUUUUGGUGGCGAUACCAAAGGCAGCAAUUCUAUGCCCGAUGCCUCUAGUAACGGGGACAAGCAAGCUUCAGAGAAUCCUCUUGCGCAUGAGGAAAAGUACGGCAUCGAACCCCGAGUUGAUGAAAAAAAACUCGAGGCCAUUUCCGGGACGAACCAAAUCAAACGCUCUGUCAAGACAAUCAUUCUUCCUGCCCCAGCUUCCCAUGCGCUUCUCUAUGAUCGUGCGACUUACCGCACCCUAGCUGGAGUCAUUCAAGAUUUUCUUCGCCAGCACAUCGAUCACCGACUCAACAUGGGCUGGCAGCUGCAACAUUUGAAUACAUCUGGCAAGUGGGAUGUCAAGAACCUGGCCAAAUGGCAAAAGGUAACCCCAAUCUCGGAGCGUAUUGCCAACACAUUCGUUGCCCUCAAAAUGCUACGAGAGGUUGACGAGGAACACAACCCGGUGUUGUUCUCCCAGAAGUACCGUGAUCAGAUCUAUGCUGUAAUUGAUAUCAGCUAUGAGAACCCAGUAUACAAUCCAGCGUCGAUGGAGAAGGGAGGAAUCCACUACCACAAGCACCCUACGGUGUCAAAGAUUCCGCCCACUACGGACGAAACCAGAGACUUCAUUGCUCUGGUGGAUCGACUGGAAAAUGAGAUAACCGAGAAACUGGAAAAGCCUGAAAACAGCCAUCUUUCACGCCCUAUGAUCGGAGUUCACUGCCAUUAUGGGUUCAAUCGGACGGGCUUUCUAAUUGUCUGCUACCUGAUUGAACGAUGUGGGCUCAGCGUACAGGAAGCCAUUGAUGAAUUCGAAAGGCGGCGACCGCCAGGUAUCCGACAUGCGCAUUUUAUCGACACACUCAGCGCAACCGAGACGUCGCCGUGUGUGAGAAAUUUCGACUUGACCGACCGACUCCCCAACGACGACAACGACGACCCAUCCUCACACCUCGUCCCCCUCCUCAGCUCCCCCUACACCUUCGAUUCCCGUUCGAGGUCACAAGUCGCAAAAAUGGGUGGUGUCACCGUUCGCGAUGUGGACGCGCAGAAGUUCAUUGGCGCUUACUCUGCGUUCUUGAAGCGUCAGGGCAAGCUCCCCAUCCCUGGAUGGGUUGACACUGUCAAGACCUCCGCUUCCAACGAGCUCCCUCCCCAGGACGCCGACUGGUACUACAUCCGCGCCGCCGCCGUCGCCCGCCACAUCUACAUGCGCAAGACUGUCGGUGUUGGCCGCUUCCGCAAGAUCCACGGCUCGACCAAGAACCGUGGUGCUCGCCCCGCCCACCACGUCGAUGCCUCCGGCUCCGUCGACCGUAAGGUCAUGCAGUCCCUUGAGAAGAUCGGUGUCCUCGAGGUCGAUGAGGACAAGGGUGGCCGUCGCAUUACCCAGAGUGGACAGCGUGAUCUUGACCGUAUCGCCAAGACCACCGUUGACGAGGAGGAGUCUGACGAGGAGUAA